GGGGAAUAUAACUGCAAGAAAGAAUAUGAGGGAGGAGAAAGUAUCGGUGAGGAAUCAUCAGGCAUGGAUGAAGAAAAGAAGAAGAAGAGGUGAGGGAUCCAAAGAUGAUGAUAGAUCAGAACCAAACCAUAUUCCUAUGGAUUUAACCUUGGAGAUACUCUCAAGACUUCCUGCAAAAUCGAUCAUGAGAUAUCGAUGUGUGUCGAAGCUAUGGUCAUCCUCAAUCGCACUUCCAAGUUUUAUCAACUCAUUCACGUCUUCACGGUCGCCGAAUCUUCUGGUCACCAUCUCAUCAGUUAUGAAAUAACAAACUCAGAUUGGACACAUCCCCGAUCCGACAGCAUUCAUGGAUUGAUUUUAACGCCCGUAUUCAAGAUUUGGAACCCAACCCUGAGACGGUUUUUAGCCUUACCACAUCCUCCUGGUAAAUGCAGCUGGAGUCGAAACAGGUCUGAUAAUUUUGAUUUGGGCUACGAUCCUUUGGAAGGUAAACACAAAGUCUUGUUCAUGUCGAAAGUCAAAGAUACUGAUCAGCCUCUGGUUCUUACAUUGGGAGGUCAAGAAUCAUGGAGAGCAAUACCCAAAGGACGUUGCCCUAUGCAUCACCCAAUUGGAGGAGAAUAUGGGCAAUGCUUCAAUGGUAUUCUGUAUUAUAUAGCUCUUCUUCUUGGUGAUGAUGAGUAUAGCAUAAUGAGCUUUGAUGUCAAAUCUGAAUGCUUCAAUAGCAUAAACUAUCCGGAGGGUCGCUCUCGUUCCUCGUCUCAUAUGAUACUCUAUGAAGGAAGGCUAGCUUUAGUUAGUUAUGAAGAUCCGUGUGAUGAUGUUGAACUCUAUAUUUUGCAAGACGCACAUGGACACAAAUGGACACGUCAACGCUUUGUUGUUCAUUUACCAUAUCAGAGCUUACAGAUGGAUUUCAUACGUUUCGUGGGUGCUACAGAUGCUGGUGAGUUUAUUUUUGCACCCUAUGGUUAUCAUGAAGCGUUUUAUAUUACAUAUUUCGAUCCGAAGAGAAACACUACUAGAAAAGUACUUUUUGAAAGAAUUUUGGAUGAGUUUACACGCCCUUAUGGACUUGAUUGCAACGACCUAUUCAACGUGGAAGUUCACCCAAAUCACAUCGAGAGUCUCUCUUCUUUAUAGACACCACCACUACUUCUCUUAUGUUUUAUGUACUUUGAUUUUCUUUAGUGUUUAUUUGUGAUUCACGUACUGAGUUCAUAAUGUCUAUGCAGUACUUUGAUUUUCUCUUAUGCUCUUUCUUAUUAAGAUUUUGCAUUACAAUACUGAUUCAACAAUCAAAGGGGAUAGAUACUCCAUAACUGCUUCAAUGAUUCUAUAAUAAUGGGAAUCACCUA